UGGACAGAUUGCAUAAUGCGAGUCCACGUAAACAAUUUCUUAUUGCCAGGUUCUCCUGACUUUAUUUAUUCACUCCCCACUGUCCAAUCGUCCGUGAUUUGCUUUAAAACAUGACCAUCGCAAAACAGGCGAUUGAAACGAUGGUGAUGAUUAGGAGGAGAGAAAGGAGGUGUGGUUUUGUAGAUCUCAAUAACCACCGUUAAAUUUGCGUUGGAUUACAGGCACCCCAGAUGGCCGACAGAGAUAAUCUACGCCAAAUGACACCAAACAAAUUUUGAUGCGCGUGCAAAGGACGUCCACAUGCUGUACUUUUGAUUAAUUUUCGACCACUUCGACUGUGGCGUUAAUGAGGAGGACUUAGAUACGCUUUCCAACGUAAUAAACGGUUUCCGAAGAAUGGAAUUCAAUUCGCUGGCCGUGCUGUUUUGUGUUGCCCAAUUUUGUGAGGAGCUCUGUUUUUUCAAUGCCAAAAUCCACCUGAUUAUACAAACAAUCCGCCCGACAUUUGGCAUUUCUAAAGCAAAGUAGCUGCUCCCCUGUGACGCCCGCAAUGACGAAAUGCCACUUUGCCUCUUCCUCCUCAGGACCCCCAGCUUGCAAUUUCAAAUAGCCAAAAUCCUCAACACAGACCUUCAAGACUGAGUUUUGAGUCCUCGAGGAAGAAUCCAUGGAUACCAAUAGCGAAAAUCCAAAGGGGGGCAGUGGGGGGAGUUCUCUCAAGGCUUCUUCAUCAGGAAGUGUCUCUGUGUGGAAGCUUCUGACUUAUGCUGAUUCUGUUGAUGUAAUGCUCAUGGUGUUUGGCACUUUGGGAUCCAUUGCAGAUGGGGCUUCCACGCCCAUUACGAUACUUGUGCUCAGCAAUUUCAUGAAUGUGCUGGAUAACGCUGGCUCGGAUGGAAAGUUUCUUCACAACGUCAAUAAGAAUUCGAUUUGCCUGCUGUAUGUGGCUGCUGCUCUGUGGAUUGCCGCCUUUUUGGAGGCUUUUUGCUGGACAAGGACUGGUGAAAGGCAAGCAUCUCGCUUGCGGAUGAAAUUCCUGAAAGCUGUUUUAAGGCAGGAUGUGGGAUUCUUUGACACUCAAGCCACAACCACUUCUCAGAUAGUUACCAGCAUCUCCAAUGACACCCUUGUCAUACAGGACGUUUUCAGCGAAAAGGUCCCCAAUUUUACUGUCAAUGUUUCGACAUUCUUGACGAGCUACGUUGCUGCUUUCUUUCUCAUCUGGAAGCUUGCGCUGGUGGGGUUUCCUUUCAUCGUGCUGCUGAUAAUUCCUGGAAUGAUGUAUGGACGGACGCUGACAGAGCUCACCCGGAAGAUGCAUGCAAAAUACAAAGUGGCGGGCAAUGUUGCAGAGCAGGCGGUAUCGUCUAUCAGAACGGUGUAUUCCUUAGGCGGGGAGGACAAAAGCAUGGCCAAAUUCUCUGCAGCACUUGAAGGGACUGUGAAACUGGGUCUGAAACAGGGGCUGGCCAAGGGCAUGGCGAUAGGAAGCAAUGGGCUCUCUUUUGCAAUCUGGGCAUUCCUGGCUUGGUAUGGAAGCUUGCUGGUCAUGUAUCACGGAGUAUCCGGUGGUGCGGUCUUUGCCACCGGCGCUUGUACGAUUCUCGGUGGCUUAGCCCUGGGGACUGCGCUUCCAAACAUAAGGUACUUUUCGGAGGCAUGCCUGGCGGGAUAUCGAAUCCUGGAGAUAAUGGAAAGAAUACCCGCCAUCGAUUCGGAGGACUGCAAGGGACAAACUGUGGAUGUGGUGGCGGGUGAAGUCGAAUUCAAGAACGUGGAGUUCGCAUACCCAUCGAGGGCGGAGACCAAGAUAUUCCACGACUUGAAUCUCACUGUUCCUGCGAAUCAGACAGUCGCUUUGGUGGGCGGCAGCGGGUCUGGAAAGUCGACCGCCAUCGCUUUGCUGCAGAGAUUCUACGACCCUGCGGUUGGACAUAUUCUGCUAGACGGAGUCGAUAUCAGGACCCUCAACUUGAAAUGGCUGCGCGCCCAAAUGGGGCUGGUGAGCCAGGAGCCUGCUCUCUUUGCGACGUCAAUCAAAGAGAAUAUUUUAUUCGGUAACGAGGAGGCCAGCAUGGAUCAAGUCAUUGCCGCCGCAAAGGCUGCCCACGCCCACGAUUUCAUCACCCAACUGCCCGAAGCCUACGACACCCAUGUUGGAGAAAGAGGAGUGCAGAUGUCAGGCGGGCAGAAGCAGCGCAUAGCAAUUGCCAGGGCCGUGCUAAAGGAUCCUCGCAUUCUUCUGCUAGACGAGGCUACCAGCGCCUUAGACGCGCAAUCAGAGAAGAUGGUACAGGAUGCUCUGGAGCAGGCUGCAUAUGGGCGAACAACCGUCAUAAUUGCCCAUCGUCUGUCGACCAUCCGCAACGCAGACCUCAUUGCAGUACUUCAGUCAGGUUGCGUGGUCGAGUCCGGCACACAUCAAGAUCUCAUAGAAAGACCCGGCGGAGCCUACGCUGCACUGGUGCAUUUGCAGUUGCAGACACGCACAGUUACCGAUCCGUCGAAAGCCGUGGAUGACGACACUCGCGCAUCGACCACAUCGAAAAGCGCCGGAAUGCGGGCGAGUCGGACAAGUUUUUCGGCGGCGCAGACCGCCAAUCCUGCCGCCGUUCCUCCUUCGUUCCGCCGUCUUUUGCUCUUGAACGCUCCCGAGUGGAAGCGAGCUCUGUUGGGGACCGUUUGUGCGGUUGGAUUUGGAGCAGUUCAGCCUGUGUAUUGCUUCGUCCUCGCAAACAUGGUCUCCGUCUUCUUUCUCCGUGACCACGACGAUAUCAAAUCCAAGACCAGAUUAUAUACUCUUGUGUUUGUAGCCUUGGCUGCUUUCUCCUUCCUGGUUAAUGUGGUUCAGCAUUACAACUUCGCGGCCAUGGGGGAAUGCCUAACUAAAAGAGUGCGGGAGCGCAUGCUCCACAAAAUCCUGUCUUUCGAGAUCGGCUGGUUCGACGAACAAGAAAAUUCAAGCGGUGCAAUCUGCUCGCACCUCGCCACGGAAGCUAAUGUGGUAAAGUCUCUUGUGGGAGAUCGUUUGUCCCUGGUCUUCCAGACGCUGUCUGCGGUCACAAUCGCGUUUACAAUGGGACUGAUUAUAGCAUGGCGGCUUGCCAUCUUGAUGAUUGCCGUGCAGCCGCUGAUAAUUGCAUGUUUCUACACAAGGAAGGUGCUGCUCAAGGCCAUGUCAGCCAAGGCACUGAAAGCACAAGAAGAAGGGAGCCAACUGGCGGCAGAAGCAGUGGCCAAUCACCGCACCAUCACUGCUUUCUCAUCCCAGCAGAGAAUUCUCCGGAUGUUUGAACGCACUCAACAAGGCCCACGCCAGGAAAGCCCCAGGCAGUCUUGGUUUGCCGGAUUAGCGCUGGGAACAAGCCAAUCUCUGGCUCUCUGCACAUGGGCACUCGAUUUCUGGUACGGUGGCAAGCUUGUGGAUCAUGGGUACAUCACUUCUGAUGCGCUGAUCAAAACUUUUCUCAUCCUGGUGAGCACCGGGCGAGUGAUAGCAGAGGCAGGGAGCAUGACCAGCGACAUAGCCAAAGGUUCCAACGCAGUCAAGUCAGUUUUUGCCAUCCUAGACAGGAAGAGCCGCAUAAUUCCAGAUGACCCACGGGUAAUAAGCCCGGACCGGAUUGAGGGAAAUGUGGAAGCCAGAGACGUGUGCUUCGCGUAUCCGUCCCGACCAAACACCAUGGUUCUCAGAAACUUCAGUCUGAAAAUAGCAGCAGGAAACUGCGUGGCUCUUGUGGGUCAGAGCGGGUCGGGCAAAUCCACCAUUAUAGGACUGCUCGAGAGGUUCUAUGACCCCAUCACCGGCACCAUAACCAUAGAUGGCAACGAUCUCCGGAGCUACAAUCUGAGGACUCUGAGACAGCACAUGGCUCUGGUAGGACAGGAGCCCACUCUGUUGGGAGGAACCAUCCGAGACAACAUACUGUAUGGAAAGGAGAAUGCCACCGAUGCAGAAGUGAUCGAAGCUGCCAAGAUUGCCAACGCCCACAACUUCAUAAGUUCCUUGAAGGAUGGAUAUGAUACGAUGAGCGGAGACAAAGGGGCUCAGCUGUCGGGCGGGCAGAAGCAGCGGAUUGCCAUAGCCAGGGCCAUCAUUAGAAAGCCAAGCAUUUUGCUGCUGGACGAGGCGACCAGUGCAUUGGAUAGCGAGUCGGAGAUGAUGGUUCAGGAAGCUCUGGAGCGGGUAAUGGGGGGAAGAACCAGCAUCGUUGUAGCCCAUCAAUUGACGACCAUUCAGAACGUGGAUUCAAUUGCUGUGAUUGCCGAUGGAAUCAUUGUUGAGCAGGGCAGUCAUGAAGAAUUGACUGGCAGAGGGGAAAGUAGUUCAUAUUUCUCCCUCAUCAAACUUCAACAAAAACAUCAACAAAGGUAGUGGGGCAGCGAAGUGGAGCCUUAGCUUUUUCUCUUCCGUCUCACUCACGAAACCGACAUUUUCCAGUCUCUUCUGUUUCUGCCCGCUCACCUGCGCGUCAAAGUUACAGAAAAAAAGGUGUUUUUGUAAAUAAUAUCUUUGUCGCCAUAUCAUGAAAAGGCAAAGAAUCGAAUCUGGGUACGCUUAAAGCAGGUUAAUGUGAUGAUGUAAAGCAGGAAUCGAAUCCCGCGGCGGCGUGAUGGGCAUUAUUGAGAAUAGAGAUAUUUUCAUUGCAA